AUGCAGAACAACAUUUUUUGCGCCAAAAAUAUUGUUGGAAAAUCCGCCGGUAACCAAUUGGUUUUCCGAGCUGAUAAUCCGUCGCAAAAUUCGAGGUCAUUACCGUCAGACAAAAAAAUUCCGAUGGGAAAUACCGCCGCCAGGAAUAGUGUUGGCUUGGCCACGAUUGAGGAAACACGACGGAACAGAACGCCUCCUCUCACCUUCGCCGCUUCGUCAACUCGGGUCGUCUUGACCACCGCGUCGUUUGUCACAGUCUUUCUUGCAGCUGAUCCGCCUACGACCGCUGCGUCGGUGAACCAUAUUUUCUGGUGUCCAUCUAGAAAGCGUGAUAAAUUGAUCAGCAUCAAUGAGGAAAACCUGUACUUGUGGAGUCUAGUUGUUUCCAAAAAAAAUGCACAAAUACAAUCAGAAGAUUCAGCUGACAUGUCCCACAAGAUAUCUGGUGGAACAUGGGAUCCACAUGAUGUGAAUUCUGUUGCUGCAACUUAUGAAUCAUCUCUCCAAUUCUGGGAUGUUAGAGCAAUGGGGAAGACUAUUUCAGUUGUAUGCUCCCGUGUGCGCAGUGUUGAUUAUCACCCUAAAAGGAAGCACGUCCUUGUUACUUCAAAACAUGAGUCUGGGAUACAUAUCUGGGAUCUAAGAAAACCAAAAGUUCCCAUCCAAGAGUUUCUGGGACAUACGCAUGGUAACUAUCACCUGACAUGGAUUGUCAAAUGUAACCCUGAGUAUGACAGAAUGAUCUUGAUAUUACACAGUACUGGUACAGAUUCAACAGUGAAUCUAUGGCUUGCCUCUCUAGGCAACGAUGAUGUAUCAACUGAGAGCUGAAUCACUUGUUGGGUUGAUCCUUUACUCAAUACUUAUUGUGAUUAUGAAGAUAACAUUUGUGGCCUCACCUGGAGUUCUCGUGAACCAUGGAUCUUUGCAUCAUUAUCCUAUGUUGGCAGGAUAAGACAUAAGAAAAGCUUUUGGCUAAUCUUAAGUCUUAAAUUGAUAAGUUCUUCUAAUGAAAAUCAGAAAAUGUUAAAGAAAAAACUCUUCAAUUAUUCUCUGUACCAACUUGAUUUUCUCUUAUACUAUGCAUUAUGUGGAUGGCCUUAG